GUUGCGUACAAAGCAGUCAUGGAGCCAUACCUGGCACUUCCCUCCUCCGAAAGCUGAAAGUCGGACUCAUCGUCAUCUAAGAUGUCUGCAUAGUCCUGCUGAAUAGAUGCUAGGCUACCAUCAGACAGAUCCCCAGCUUCAUGAACAGGGUGCUGGGGCGAGUUCUGGGCGAAGAGAUCCUGAUAUAAGCGCGGGUCUAUCACCGGAUCGGCAGGAUUGCCCUGAGCGGCAAGAGCAUCAUUCUCCCGCCAAGGAUACUGAACGGACUCGUCGAUGUCCGGGUACGACGUAUACGGCUCUUCUGAAGGAGAAGCAUAGUCCAUGGGAUGAUCCGAGUCAGCCAUGGCGAUAUCGCUACAACGGUCCGGUGGACCAUCCAAGCAGAGUUUUUGAAACGUGAUACAGAAGAAAUAAUUCUUCUGUGAGCUGUAAGUGAGUGACAGCGACUGUACUGAUGCCUUCUUUUGGCACGUCACCCGAAUGUCACUGAUAGACAACGUGCGUGAAGAACCAGCGCGCUGGGACCGGGCCCAGACCGUAUAGUCAAGGCGCGGCACCGAGUCUCUCUCCAGGCGUUUCAGGUGCAGCGGCCCUGCUUAUUCAUAGUAACAGCUCCACCAGGAGCGAUGCAAUGGAUGAAUCAGAAAAGAAAGCGCCGGUUUGGGCAGACUUAGGUCAAAAGAUUAUCAGACAACGUUGAUAAUCAAGGAAUGUCAAAGUUGACGCUUCCUCAUUCCCUCAUUCCCGGAGUUUGCGUUGCAGAACCCCGUGACCCUGAAACAGAAAAGCCUCUUCGGCGGCCGCACUUCCUCCUCCGUCCUUUUUCCACCAUCCCCAACUUUCAUCUCUCUCUCUCUCUCUCUCUCUCUCUCUCUCUCUCCGUCUCUCUCCUCCCUCCUCCCUCCCCCUGUUUUUUUUUUUACUUUCUUUUGGGUACGAGGCCUGGCUUGUUGUGUUUGACACACUAUUGCCUCCUGGUCCCUGACUUUCCUUCGUUCGAAUCCACCCCCCGCCUAAUAUUCCGGAGCCUUGGUGUCUGGUUUUCCACCCCCCAAUCCACAACGCUUUCAAAACUCCCCAAAGGUGCAGCCCACUGGCCUGGUCUGUGCCCGCCCAACUGUGGUCGCCUAGUUUCGAGGAAUAGGCUUCACAAUUCUUUUUGACAUCGACUCUGAAUCUUCACAUCUGGGUCCAUCAGGAUCUUUGAUUCUUAUUUUGUUACGCAAACUCAGCAGGUGCUGCAGGUGUUUUGCAGUAAUCUUUUCCAACCCAGCCUCCACUGUAUUUACUAUUCGCCUUUGCAACUUCCCCCGUCGUCCCACCCUCCCGGUGAGCCAUGGCCAACCAUAUGAUCGGCAACCGCAAUAGCACCCCGGAGGCCGCUCCGAAUUCUACCCUGCGUCCCCCCUCAUCUGCUCGCAACCUCGGAUCGCACCAGCUGCGGGCAUCCGCUGAUAUGUCUGGGUUUCCCUCGCCGCUGUCCUCCCGCAGCAUGCGCCCGUCCUCCGAAGUUUUCUUCAACCAGCAAUCUCAAGGUCAGAAUUCAACGGAGGAUGCUUUGGACCGGGCCGCUCAGCAGUGGUUGGCGGAUAUCGAUCAGUAUGAGACAACCUUGGAAGAGAUGGCCGCUGCCACUCUCGACCAAGACUUCAAGGAUGAGCUCAGCGCUAUCGAGCAGUGGUUUCGUGUUCUGAGCGAGGCGGAGCGGACGGCAGCCCUGUAUGCCUUGUUGCAACAGACUACCCAGGUGCAGAUUCGAUUCUUCAUCCAGGUACUGCAGCAAAUGUCCCAGAGCCACCCUAUGUCCGGGCUGCUUUCUCCGGCCAACUUUGGUGAAAAAGAUCCUAUGUCUAGCCGCUUGAGCGAUGCGAUGUCAAAACUCAAUAUGGACACCUCCCGUAAUUCUUUGGGCCGGCCCCCGCCUUCCCCGGGUGCGAAGCGCAACUCGGGUCUCGACUCCUCUACUAUUAAUGCCAUGUUCCCGGAUGCCGCGGCUGCUAUCGCAAAGAAGAAGGCAGAGUUCACCCAGCAGACGGGCAAUGCUCCUCCAUCAAACCGGAACAGUGCGGUCUUCGGUGACCGCACCUCGUUCGUUGCACCAACCAUCUCCGCCCCCGACAACGGCUCGGACAACCUAGGUCAGCCUCCAGCUUCGCCAUGGGGCCAGCGUGGUGGUCUCUCGGAUGCUCAGCCCCCAAUUGCCCGACCAAAGUCUUCUUCUGGACAUCAGCCCAUGGGUCAAUUCAGCCAGUCUGGCAUGCGUUCUCCUCUGCCUCAGACUGCCACGAUUCCCGCGCCCGAAAUCGAGCCCCCAUUGCUCUCGCCAUACAAUGUUGGGAAUCACAGCUGGGCAUCUAUGACCAACACUCCAAUGACCGCAACCUUUGGGCAGCAGACCAAUGGGCCAAACUCCCAGGCUGACAUGGUGGCAAAUGCCACUGCCAUGAAGCUGGCUGCGUUGUCUACCGUAAACAACCGCAUUGCGCUGGAUGAUGCUCGGAAGUACCGCCGGGCCCGCUCUAACGACGGCCAGGGCAAAAACUCGAUUACCAACCCAACCAUCGCCCAGGGCUUGCACAGCCCCGGUUUGCAUGGCUCAAUGGCCAGCCAGCUACUCAACGCUCAGCAAUUGGCGGCGUUGCAGGCUCAGCAGCAAGCCGCUAUGGCAGGACGACGAUCUCGCCCGACCUCUCCCGGCAUUGCCAUGCAGGGCGGUGGUCUCGGUGCGAUGAGCUUCACCUCGCCUCAGAACAAUGGUUUCCUUGCUGCUUACGACCCGAACAACCCGCUUAUGGGCAACGGACUGGGCUCGCUGGGCAUUGGUCAGUUCGGCCUGGGUGGUGAGGGCUACCUGUCUGACCAUUCGGAGGUCACCCGUGGACGGUCGCCGCGUGGUCGUCGUGGUAGCUCAAAGCCGCCAGAGGACCCCACGGACCCAGCUCUUCUGGGGGACAUCCCCAGCUGGCUGCGAUCCCUUCGGCUGCACAAGUAUACCGACAACCUGAAGGAUCUCAAAUGGACGGAGUUGGUCGAGCUCGACGACAAGGCCCUGGAGGACCGUGGUGUCAACGCACUGGGUGCGAGGAACAAGAUGCUCAAGGUCUUCGACCAGGUCCGAGAGGCCCGUGCAGACGGCAAGCUCGAAAGUCUCUCGUAAAUGUGAUUCUGAUUUUGAUUCGGAGUAUGGCAUGGAGCUUGGCUUAGGAAUUUUCUUUUGUCUGGCUCCAAUCUCUUUGCCCAGCGAUAUCAUAUGAUUGGCAUUCGCGUUCCCAUCAUAUGUGGAUGGUUUUUUUUUCUCUUUUCUUUUGGUUUCCUGUCCCCUGUUCUUCUUCUCUUCUCUCUUCUUUCUUUUUUUGCUUCAUUCGUUCUGUGAUCUUUUGUUCACCUUAAUACGAUGGAUGUGGGAUUCGGCAUGUAUCAAACGCAGUGAUGUCUUCAAGUAACGGCUUCAUGAGGAGGGAACACUUCGGGCUACUGAACAUUGAAAAUGGCUGGGCUAAUCGUAGAUAUGAACAUGAUUUUAUUUUUGUGGUUUCCUCGGGCAUGAGAUUGGUUGUGUAUAUGUCCUUCCCAUUAAUGAUGGCCUGGAGAUGGCAGUGAUGUUAGUUGUUCGGCGU